UGAGCAUUGCAGCAUGGCAAAGAGGCCUGCCGAUCAUCCUCCAGCUUACUAACCCUCACCAAAUGGACCCAUUUUGUUUCAUUUGGGGUUAGGAGGUUUAGGAUAAGAGCACUAGUACUAUCAAAUACCAAAAAAAUAAAAAAAUUAGACAGAAGGCUCCACUGAGGCCAUUGUGGGGACCAUGUCUAAGUCAGGCAAGAUCCUGCACCUGUAUGUGGAGGUGAGGUCUGUCCCAGGGAAGGAGCUGGAAGGUGGUGUGGAGGGGAUGCACCCACUAGUGCUCCAAGGGCCUGACAUCCUACCUCAGUCCCAGUGCACCCCCAGCCACUCCACCUCUACCUGUACCUGCACUUGCCCAUCCACCUCCACCCCCAGCCCAGCCUCCAUGUCCCCAGGAGUGUUGCAUAAAGAUGGGGGCAGCAGUCCCAGCCUCACCUCCAAGUCCUCCUCCAGACAAUCUGUCAGUUUCCAGCUGGACCUACCGGACAACUCCGGACCGCCCACACACCACGAGCAGCGUCUGCCUUAUGAGGGGAUUGGUCAGCUGCUCUCCAAACUCCAGCCUGCACCCAAUGGGCCGCAGAAUGACAGUCUGGUGCUCGCCCGCUCCUCAGACAUUGAGCACUACCACAGGAGGGUGCCCCUAUCCCCUGCCUCCUCUGGGAGAAUAACGUCCCCCUCGACUCCAACCAGUGGGCGCAGGUCCUACGAUGGCUCUGGUGUGGGAGACGAGGGCAAGUGCUCUGUGGUCAGCUUUAGCUACAUAGAGAAAGCCAGCAUUAAGUCUGUGGACAGCCCUCGCAGUGCUGUGUGCCCAAGUGUACUUGAGAACCCUUUCAGUAGAGGUGUGGAGGAGGGGUAUAUGCCUGCCCACCUUAGGAAGAGGCUCAGUGACCCUGUGUGGUCGGAUAGCUCCGGUAGCUCCAGCCCCAAACUGUCCUGUCCCACCUCGGGCAGGUCCCCCAGGAGCUCCCCCUGCCUCCGCAGGGCCACUCUGGACACUGUGGCCAGAGAGGCCACCUACAGGGCCAUGGAGGAAUUUGGCUCCCCGGAACUGAGGCGCAGACUGGCGGCCUACAGCCCAGACAGAAGCCCCAGCCUGCCUCGGUACUACCAGCAGCAGCCCCGCUGCCAGUCCUGGGGUGGGUCCCCGGUCCUGCCUAGGGGUGCCAGAACGCUGCCAAUCAAUGCACACCUCAUAGACUCUGACAGGAACCGUGGUUUGAAUGGCCUCCCCAGAAGCCCAGCUUCUCACCAGCUCUCUGUUCAAGCCAGGCAGUCCUACUACAACUUCACCAUGUCCCCUUCCAGUGUUAGCUGCCACCAUGGUGUCCAGAACCACAGGCUGUGGCUAGGGGACGAGAGCCCCAGGCUGUCCUCAAAAUGUGGGGACCACAGCCCCAGGUUGGCCUGCAAGUUUGGGGACGAGAGCCCAAGGUUGUCUUCCAAGUUUCGCCCACCAUUACCUGCAGGCAGGCCCACUGCAAUUCAGCAUGAAAUACCAGCAAGCAUGAUUACCAGCACCCCAACCUCUUGCGAUCAGAGGGCUAGCAGCUACACCAGCCACCGCACUCCUAGCGAUAGCCCCUGCUUACCAAACAAGGUCAACUCCAAACAGUCAGGUCAGUCAAAUGACAGCAAGCUGGGAGAGGGAUUGAACCAGACCAGUGACCGAAGAAGUAACUCCCCAGCCACUAGCCCUCACAUGGCUCAUAAGCUGGCGGAGGACGCAACCAAGCUGUCCACUAUCUUCAUGGACAGGGGGACUCCCUCCCCCACUCUGUCACAGGCUAACUCCACCAGGUCAGAGAGCCCCACGUCUGGCUACAUCUCCAGGGAGUCUCAACCCUACGCCACCCUCCAUGGCCAGGGUUCUCCAGCACAGCCCCACCCUGAAGCUAACACUCACACACACUUACAGGACCAUAGGUGGACAGACAAGGAGUUUCUUAGAGCUGGACCCCACUCCAGAGAGUCUAGACCAGGUCAAGGACAGGGGCAAGCCUCCCCCCUCCUACUGCAGAAGGGAACCUCCUCCCCUGCUAUGCCAGCUACGCUGCACCUGGUGGUAGCGUCCCACACUCCUAUCAUAGACCCACGGCUGCAGAGAGCUGAGCUGCUGAUGAAAGACAGCCCAACCCUGCACCGCCACCAGCCCCCACAGUACAUGGGAGACCGAGGCUCCCCCAGCCUGGAGAGGAGACCGUAUGACACCCGCUUUGACAGAGGGGGUCCGAGGGACAACCCGGAGAGCAGCAGGCGCCUGAUUAUAGGACUUGACAUGGAGCCGCCAGAGAGCUGGAGCUCCAGGAUGCAGCAGUGGAGGGAGAAUGGGUCCGUUGCGGACAGGGAGGAGUCCUAUAGUGAGAGUCCGACUGCUGAUGGUGAUGAAGUGUAUGUGGUGACCAAGGAGGAGCUGCAGCAGAGAAGGAAUGGUGCAGCUGUGUUGGGGUAUCAGGGGUAUAAACAUGGAGUAAACAGGGAACAGAGGGGGGAGACCCAGGACCAUAGUGGGGCACUGGGGUCCUCCCAAAGCUCCAGUGGAGUGACAGGCAGUCUGGGGGAGAGCACUCAGCCAGAAAGGGACUGUCUCUCUCCAGAGACAUCCAGCCAGUCCAGCCAGAAGAGCAAUGACACUGAAGAGACAGCAUCUGGGAUGCAGUCGGAAAGCGGAUCCUCUGUGCUGGGCCCAUCCUUGCACUCCCAGAGGAUUGCCCGUGCCAAAUGGGAGUUCUUGUUUGGACAGCCCAUAGAGGACAGCCAUGAUUCUAAAGACUCCUCUCAAGCCCCCCCGAGUGGGACCUCCAGUGAGUCUCCCUUGCCCACCUCCUCCCUGCUCCUGAAGCCCACAGGUCACUGGAGGGGAUGGGAUGAUGAGAGUCAGAGUUUAUCCUAUCACGAUGUCCAGCAGGUGGUGGAUUUGGUGACUCCGCCCCCGGUCACUGUGGUUGGCUUCUCGCCCAAGACGGGCAUCAUCCGGAGAGCCAUCAACUACGCUGAGACGGACUUAGAUGCUGUGCCCCUGAAAUGCUAUAGGGAAACAGACCUAGAUGAGGUGAUAUUGGCUGAGGCCGAGAGAGAGCAGGAGGAGGUGGACUCCGCCUUUGGGAGUAACCGCAGUGUGCUCGGCACCUCUGCCUCCAGCGCCAGUACCAUAGUACGCACUGACGGAGAGGAGGACGAGUUGGAGGAGGACGAGCUGGAGGAGGAAGAGGAGGAGGUGGUGAGCUGGGCCAGUGUGAGGAUGCAGGGGGAUAAGAAGAGACAGCAUGCCACCCAGGAGGACAAUCAGGUGUACAGUCUGCUGCUGAAGGGUUGUCCCCUGGACCACAUAUCGGAUGCCCAGUCAGCCCUGAAGUCCUCCAUCUCAGUGACUAGCCCUCGCAGGACCUCAGUGGAUAGCCUGGACUCCUUCAGCCGCCACUUCGAAAGGAUCAUGGAGUCUCACCGAGCCAAGGGCACCUCCUACAGCAGCCUGGACAGCGUUGACCUCUUGACCUCCAGCGGCCCACCCAUAUUCACCUUUGACCUGCCCACCCUCACCCCUAAGAUCCAAAGCCAAAUUUGUGAGAGUGCUCGUCAUAUCAUCGAGCUGAGUUUUGCCCCCCUGGCCCAUCCAGAGCUCCCCAGUGUGUCUGACCCCACAUGCUCUGAGAACACCCUGGCCCCCACAGGAAAGGGGCUCAGCAGCACCUCUGAGCAGGAUUAUACGUCAGGAGGGAAGUCCCGGUUGGAGAAAGACUGCUUGCGAACUAACUUAGAAUUGCCUUUCAUCAGGGAAAAGCCAGGCCACUGGGCUCCAGACCCGCUCCCACAGCAGGACGUGGGCGAGCGCUUAGCCCUGGGCAGCACCGAGGCCCUGGCCAACGGCAACAAGGCUGACCUGCAGGCUGCUAAGCGCCUAGCCAAACGCCUCUUCAACCUGGACGGCUUCAGGAAGUCUGACGUGGCCAGGCACCUGAGCAAGAAUAAUGAAUUCAGUCGGAUGGUGGGAGAAGAAUACCUCAGCUACUUCAACUUUUCAGGCCUUACUAUUGACCAAGCGCUAAGAGCCUUCCUGAGGGAGUUUGCCCUCAUGGGAGAGACACAGGAGAGAGAGCGAGUGCUGGCCCACUUCUCUAGGAGAUAUCUACAAUGCAACCCCAAUGCAAUACCUUCUGAAGACAGUGUCCACACCCUGACCUGUGCCCUGAUGCUGCUCAACACAGACCUGCAUGGCCAUAAUAUCGGCAAGAAAAUGUCCGUCCUGCAGUUCAUCGGCAACCUGGAAGGGCUAAACAACGGAAAGAAUUUUCCCAAGGAACUGCUCAAGGCCUUGUACAACUCUAUCAGAAACGAAAAGCUCCAGUGGACCAUCGAUGAGGAGGAGUUGCGCAAGUCCUUCUCCGAGUUGGCCGAUUUGCGAACUGACUCCGCCUCCCACACCAUGAAGCGAAUCGGCAGUGGUCUAGGCGUGGCCCAGAAUCCUGACGCCCUGAUCUAUAAGAACGGCUUCCUGGUACGGAAGGUCCACGCAGACUCUGACGGCAAGAAAACGCCCAGAGGUAAGAGAGGAUGGAAGACGUUUUAUGUCAUGCUGAAGGGACUGGUCCUCUACCUGCAGAAGGGAGAGUACCGUCCAGAAAAGCAGCUGUCUGAAGAGGAUCUGAAGAAUGCUGUGUCCAUCCACCACUCUCUGGCCAUGAGGGCAGCAGACUACAGCAAAAGGCCCAAUGUCUUCUACCUGCGCACUGCAGAUUGGAGAGUGUUCCUCUUCCAAGCACCUAAUGCAGAGCAGAUGCAGUCGUGGAUCACCCGUAUCAACGCGGUGUCAGCCAUGUUCUCAGCGCCACCCUUCCCUGCAGCCAUUGGCUCUCAGAAGAAAUUCAGCCGUCCGCUGCUGCCAGGCUCCAACACCAAGCUGUCUCAGGAAGAGCAGGUGAAAUCCCAUGAGACACGUUUCCGGGCCAUCUCCUCUGAGCUGAAUGAGUUAACCGCUGUAAUUCCAGACAAAAAAGCCAAAGUUCGUGAUCUGGAGGAGCACAAGCAACGUGAGGAGUACCUGGAGUUUGAGAAAACUCGCUACGGUACGUACGCCAUGCUACUGAGGGCUAAGAUUCGGAGUGGGGAAGAGGACCUGUCUCUGUUCGAGUCGCGUCUCUUUGACGACAGUGGUCUCCAGAGGGCCCACUCCAGCCCCACCCUGCGGGAGGAACACAGCAGCAGCAGCCAGGCCAGCAGUGCCAAGAGGGGGGGGCAGCAGCAGUAGUUCCAGCACCAGGGGGAGCAGCAAGACCAAGCGCUCUGAGCCCCAGAGAAACAGCUACAGGAAGGCUGUCAAACAGUGAGAGGGACCCUGGAGGGUGUUGCGGUGGACACGAUGGCUUAAACAAUUGGAUUAUCUGUGUUGAUCGAUAGACGGAGACCACUGGUGUGACUGGAAAAUGAGAUGGAGGAAGAUGAUGGGGGAUAGACCUGUUGCAUGCUUCUAUCCCGAGAAACCACAGGCACUGGAUGCUCCAGGGCACUCAGUCCUUCAUUUUACUAUACACAUGACUAACUUCUGUGUGGUCCUAAAUUCUGGGUCAUAUCCACAUUUAUUUUAUUUGAACGUGCUUUUUGGACCAAUUGUUGUUUACAGAGAUCUAAAGAUGACAUGGACUUAUGCCAUUAGAUCUGAUUAUGUUGAGAGUCGUAGGUUAUUUUCCUCCCUCCCUUCACUGUCUCCAUAAAUUACAUCUAUGUGAUUACUGCACACAGCCCAACACCUCCACGUGUAAAGUGAGUUGCCGUGCCGACCAGCUAGGAUGGACAGAGACGGGGCUGCAUCGGCUCAUCUGACUGUUACCAUGGAGACUAAACGGAGCCCGGGAUCAUUCCGUCCGACCAGAGUGCCAGAACCUCAACCCAACCACAAUGCAUUUGGAGGAAACUGGACGAACGCUGGGCUCUUCACGAGAGACAUGAUCAAUUGGAAGGAAUACAGCAGGUUACUGGACAUAAUUUAUGAUGCUGCAUGCACAUACAAAAGAAAUGUUCUCCAAAGUCUUUGCUAUGAUUUUGUUAUUCUAAGGACUUUUAUUGUGGCAAACUGAACUGGCCCAGAGCCAGGCCCUUCUACUAUAACUGUGAAGCUCUGCUGGAUCUCAUUGUUAUUUCUAAGGACAUUUACACACAUCAGCUAUGGCACCGCCACUAAUCCUUGAGUGUUUUUGUCUUACUAAUGGGUUGAUGAAGUAGGUUGAUCACACAGACUGGCUGUCUAUCGGUUUAAUGAACUUAAAGAGUAGGAGGACUGCAUGCGUACGAGGAGAUGGGAGACUCACUCAAGAGGACAUGCUUCGCUAUGGUAUCAAGACUAUCCCCUUUUUUCCCUUUAUGUGAUUCACAUGGUGUUUUUCAUUUGUAUAACUUGAAAAAAAAUAAACGUGACAGGAGGCUUAGUUUACAGUACA